GAACUUUAGUCGAGCGCGCAACUUGUUGGCAAACGCACGGAUCGAAAAACUGAUCGUUGAAUCGGAAAUGACUUUGCGGCCCUCGAACAAUUAAGCUGAAGCGCGCUGAAAGCUCUCGAUCUGAAUCUGGAUGGAGGAGGACGUGUUGAAUGCGCUGCAGAUGCGCAGUGCGUAUCUAUCGGGCGGCUACGAUCGCAGUAAACGCAUCAUAUUCAUUGUGAAUGCAUUCAAUGAUCAACAAUUGUGGAAUCGUCGCUGCCUUCAACUGACGCUCGACUAUCUCAAGCGUUCGCUCAGUGCUGCUCUAUUGCAGAAUGGCGUGAGCAUCGUUGUCAAUGCUCAGGAGAGCAGCACGCGCAUCUCUCGUCAGCACGUGCGUCAAAUCUAUGCGCUCUUUGGCGGCGACAUCAGCGUCGAUUUGUAUCUAGUCAGGGCGGAAGGCUUCUGGGAGAAACACGUGGAGCCAUGCGCCAAAUCGCAGACCAAAGGCGAGCCCUUGGUGCUGUCUAAGGCACGACUGACAAAGUUUAUCGAGCCACACAAUCUGCCCGAAGAGCUGGGCGGCACGCUGCAAUUCAAUUACGAUCUGUGGCUGCAACAGCGCAAGGCCAUCGAUGAAUUCAGUCGCACCCACGCCCAGACGUUGGGCGCCAUGGAACAGCUGUUGACACUGCUGGGCGGACACAAGUCGCUGCGUCCGGCGGAAGCGGACGUUGAGCUGAAGAAGUGCGCUCAAUUGCAUACGCACGUGCAGCGCAGCAUUGAGGCAGCCAUCGAAAUGGGUAAUGCGAUCUUGGCCCGCUUCAACGAGGUUUACGAGACGCAGACGACAACAACAACAACGACUUGUGCGGCGACUGCAACUGCGACAACGACACAUGCCACACCUGUUGCCACACCAACAACAGCGACGGCAACAACGAACCCCGCCCGUCCCCUGUUGCCACCCGAUUUGGGUUGUGAGAGAACCCGCAUCGAGUUGCGAUUGAAUGAGAUCGAGAAGAAACAGACAGCGAUACGCACCGCGUGGCUUGAGCUGUUGCGAUCGCUGCGCGAGGCACGCGAACUCUCCACCCUAGCCGAGGGCGUGGCCUUUGUCACCAACUGGAUUCUCAACCAGGCAGAGCAGCUGCUCAGUCGGCAGCGCAGCGUUGGUGGCGAUGUGCGCGCCUCCGAGACGCUGCGGGCGGCACACGAUCAACUGGAGAUGGAAUGCCGUGACACCUACGGCUGCUAUGCGGAGUUGCUCUACAAGAUCGAGCAGUUCGCCAAGGAGCGAUCGCUGGCCACGUGCCAGGAUCUGCUCUCCCAACGCGACUUUAUGCAGUUUGUGUGUCGCUCCUUUGCCGAGCGUUUGGAGAGAAGACGCAAGGUUCUAAUGACAGCGUUGCGUUUCCAUCGUUUGCUCGAUCAAUUCGAGGAGCAGCUGCUGAUUGCCAAUCAGGCAGCGGAUGCAGAGCCCAGCGAAUUGGAUGCACAACAGGCUGAUGAACUGCUCAGGCAACUGAAGACGAGUCAAGUGAUGUUGGGCAACAUCGAACGCGAACUUGUGCGUGAGGGGGAAAAGCUGAGCGACAUGUUGGCGAUGCCGGUGAAAGACGCCCUGGGCCGUGACCUCCAGUUGGACUACAGCAACGACAUUGCCCAGCUGCGGCGACAGCUCGACACGAGUCGCACGCGACGUAAGCGGUGCGGGGAGCGUGUGGCAUUGCAGCGGCUCACCUUGGAGCAGGUGACCCACAUUCAUGGCUACGAGCAGGAGGUGCGCUGUGCUCUCAACUGGCUGAACGAGCUGUAUGCGGUGCUGUUGCGGUGUCACUCCCAUGUUGGCUGCAACAUUCACGAGAUCCAGCUGCAGAAGGACGAGUUGCAGGGGUUCGAGGAAACCGGACGGAGCAUCUACAACUACGGCUGUCAGCUGCUGGAGGCAUCGCAGACACUGCGUCUGUGCUGCAAGCUAGAGCAAUCGGAGCCGGAACAGUGUCUGUUGCAGCUGCAACGCACCUGGCACAGUCUCCAGUCCAUUGCCCAGGAGCAAAUGACACGAUUGCGUGUCUCCGCUGUCUUCCAUCGAAGUGUCGAAGCUUACUAUCGCCAGCUUCGUGAUCUGCGUCCACUGCUCACCCAUGAACUUGCCACACAGCUGCAACAGCAGCGACUGCAGCACAAUCGCAGCAGCAGCGGCAUCAGCAGCGAUGCCGAAGCGGAGACUGAGGGUUCACCAGAACUCUCCCCGCCAGGUGGCGGCCUUGGAGUGCGUCUCCAGAGGCAUCUACUGGCCAGGGAGCAACUUCUGGUGGAAGUGGGUCGCAUGGUGCGAUUAGGACGACUGCUCAAGAAGCGACUCAAGGAACCGUUUAUGCUGGACGCUCUCACGGGCAAGAGCAUUGUGCCCGACGAGUUGCCCCUCGACAGUCCCGCCACCGAUGCGAGUCCCUUGCACGACAGCGGACGCAACAGCAGCGCUGGCAGCGAAUCCUUUCAUCAGGUAGAAGCACCUUCGCCAUCCACGGUAACGGUGACACCCACUGGGAGCAACGAACUCGCCUGCGCUGCCAUCUCACACAAGCUGAGCGCCAUCGCGGAGGUCGCUGAAUCCCUAGAUGCUGUGAUACGUGAUUGCAGCGCUGGCGAUGUGGAUCUCUCCAAGAAACUGGGCAGCAAUGGCAUGAGCAGCGAGGUGAGUCUUAUGAAUCUCCUUCCCUCUUUCUCUGCUCAGACUGUUAAUAAACUUUUCUACCCUAAGGACUGGCAAUCACGUUCCACUGAGGAUGAUUCCUUUGCCACCGCUUCGGAGGGCAACUUUACGCCCAACUCGCAUUCGUCGUCCUUCCAAACAGCCUCGGGACGCACCAGCUCCUACAUUGGCUCCGCCAAGAACUCCUUCGACGAGGCCGACGACUCAACGCUGAGCAACUUUGAGAUACCUGAGUUGCCGCAGUCGCCCGUCAACAUGUCUUUCGACAGCUCCGAGUUGAGCUACUUUUCCGCUCAGCAGCCGCCUCUGCUUCCUGUUGUCGAUGAUGAUGAUCAAGACAGUGUUGUGGGCGUGGCCGAGCUGCAUAGUCAGAGUGUUACGCCCACUCCGGAGGUGCAACAAGAGCUGCUGGCGCAUCCCAUCGAAUCGGAUAGCGAAUUGGAGGCUUACGGACUGGAUUCAAAUGUUAUUCGCACCGAAUUGUUGCCCAGCGUCUCCACAGCUGUUACGCCGGAGGUGAGUUCCCAGUCAACUGCUGUUGCUGUCGCUGCCACUAACAACGAACAGAAGACGUCGACGACGACGACGUCGAGUGCGUCACUGCCACCGCCGCCGCCACCGCCAGCUGCGUGGCGUCGCAGCAAAUACUACGAGAACAUUACGAAACAGACGAUCAAGGGAUUCCUCUGAUAUUUGCCAAUUGCAGACGUCGACAUAACCCGCCUAAUUAACCCGCGCCAUUUGCUUUGUUACAUUUCUAUUUACAUUCCUUACUUUUUGCAUUUUUGUUGUUCUCUUGCCAAAACCGAAAAAUUGAAAAAUCGCUGGCAGAUAAUUUUUAUCUAAUUUACGUUUAAGUUCGUUUCUAUUUUAAGCACUUUCUUGAUGUGCUUUUCACUUUUUUUGUAGCGCAUGUUUCAAUUGUAUUUAUUUAUUAAUUAGCAAUCUACUUUUAGUUUAGCUUAAAUUAAUUUGUAGCCGACAAUUAGAGAAAUCCAACAUAAUUUAUUAAUCAUCAUCCCCGGCACAUUUAAAUAAUGAUAAUUAUUUUUAGCCAUCAGCGAAAAAUGUUGCAUGCAAAUUGUUUUAAAUUUUUUUUUAAGUGAAUUUAUUUUUGAGUCACAACUGAGUCACAAAA